UGCUGUCAGCCCCGCUGGCAACACACGCAAGUCCCCUCUGGUGGGUCUACCCAUACCGGCGAUGAUGGCCGAAGAGCACAAGGACCUCGACCUCGAAGCACAAAUCAUCAAGGACAUCCACUGCAAAGAGAUCAACCUGGUGAACCGAGACCCCAAGAACAUUAACGAGGACAUAGUCAAGGUGGAUUUUGAAGACGUGAUCGCUGAACCUGUGGGCACCUACAGCUUCGACGGUGUGUGGAAAGUGAGCUACACCACCUUCACGGUCUCCAAGUACUGGUGCUACCGUCUGCUGUCCACACUGCUGGGCGUCCCGCUGGCCCUGCUCUGGGGCUUCCUGUUUGCCUGUAUCUCCUUCUGCCACAUCUGGGCAGUGGUGCCCUGUAUCAAGAGCUACCUGAUCGAGAUCCAGUGCAUCAGCCACAUCUACUCGCUCUGCAUCCGCACCUUCUGCAACCCGCUGUUCGCAGCCCUGGGCCAGGUCUGCAGCAGCAUCAAGGUGUUGCUGCGGAAGGAAGUCUAAAGCCAGGUGGGGUGAUGUGGGUGGCAGGGCAGAGGGAGGCAAGCUAAACUGGCCACAUGGAACUGUUCCACGAGGAUACUCUCCUAGGGAGGGCUUUCUCUUUAGGGAAUGCACAA